AUGAAGCCCAACUCGGAUGCCUUUGCCAGCCCGGCUCCCGCUGCCGAGUUCGAUCGGGAAAUCGUCGACAUGGCAUCUUACAUUCACAACUACAAGGUCAACUCGGAGCUUGCUGUACGACUUCUUUCACAUACACACACUUCGAGAACAUUCAUUGACCUCAUGUACAGNAUUGACACCGCUAGAUAUGUCUUCCUAGACACCUUGGGCUGUGGCCUCAAGGCACUCGAAUUNCCCCACUGCACCAAGCUCCUCGGUCCCGUCGUGCCUGGAACAACUGUACCCAAUGGCACGAAGAUUCCUGGUACUCCCUAUCAGCUCGAUCCCGUGCUUGGUGCAUUCAAUAUUGGUGCCAUGAUCAGAUGGCUCGACUUCAACGACUGCUGGCUCGCUGCCGAGUGGGGUCACCCCAGUGACAACUUGGGUGCAAUCCUGUCUGUUGCAGACUGGAUCACCAGAACCAACCGCAAUGGUGGCAACUUGGGCAAUGGAAAGAUCUUCACUGUAAGGGACGUCCUCGAAGCCAUGAUCAAGGCACACGAAAUUCAAGGUUGCAUGGCUCUCGAAAACUCCUUCAACAAGGUCGGUCUUGACCACGUCGUUCUUGUCAAGGUUGCAUCGACCGCUGUUGUCAGUCAAAUGCUUGGUUUGACCGAGGCUCAAACUCGUGACGCAAUUUCGCAGGCAUGGGUCGAUGGUCAGAGUAUGCGUACCUACAGACACAGCCCCAACACCAUGAGUAGAAAGAGUUGGGCUGCUGGUGAUGCUUGCGAGAAGGCAGUCAAUCUCUGUCUAAAGGUCAUGAAGGGUGAGGGCGGUAUGGCUACCGUUCUUACCGCUCCUACCUGGGGCUUUUACGACGUAAACUUCCACGGUGCCAAAUUCAAUUUCCAGAGAGAAUACGGCAGCUAUGUCAUGGAAAACGUCCUUUUCAAGGUUUCAUACCCUGCCGAAUUCCAUUCGCAGACCGCCGUCGAAGCGGCAAGCCGUCUCAACAAGAAGCUCAAGGCCAUGGGCAAGAGCGCCGAAGACAUCAAGGAUGUUACCAACCGAACCCACGAGGCAUGCAUUCGCAUCAUCGACAAGCAGUUGAAGCCCAUGGACAACUUUGCCGAUCGUGAUCACUGCGUUCAAUACAUGGUUGCGACCAUGUUCGUCUUCAACCGUCUUGAAGCCUCAGACUACACAGAUGGGUCCGAGGCGGCAGAGAGCCCUCUUGUCGAGUCGCUUCGCAAGAGAAUCAAGUGUGUUGAGGACCCUCAGUACACCAAGGACUACCAUGAUCCUGAGAGNAGAACCAUUUCCAACGCUCUGACCGUCACCCUCAACGACGGCACAACAUUGGAAGAGGAGAUUGUCGAGGCACCUCUCGGUCACAGACUGCGUCGUGAGGAGGCCAAGCCAGAAAUCAUGGCCAAGUACAAGAGGCAUUUGGGACCUCACUUUGAUGAGGCCCGGGUAAAUGAGUUGGUUGAGCUUGGCAACUCGCCCGACAAGUUGUACGCCAUGGAGAUCGACAAGUAUGUCGACCUCUAUGUCAAGGACAGCAUGUAA